AUGAUGCCCAAUGGGUUGAAAACAAACCUGGGUCCAUUUUCUCAAUACACAACAUAUUCUGAGCUCAAAUUCUUCAACCUCUCUCAGGGAGCACUUUUGACCGUUCUUUCACCAACCCAAAAAGCUGAGCUUCUAACGGAUCCAGACAGCGGUGCCUUGGAGGACGCCACCCUUGUGAAGGAGGUGCUCACAAACUUGACAGAGUCCGGGAAUACAGAGCAGCUCGCUCAGUUUUUCCAAGAGUUCACAACAACUCUCCAGCAGACAAACACAACCUUCAUCCAAAAUGUGGCUGUACGAGAGACCAUCUUAAACCUGACUUUGAACAGCCUUGCUCCUAAACUUGCCUCCUUUGAAGCAGAAGACUACGAGCUCUGGUUCCAAGUCUAUCUGUCUCCUGUGAUAGCAAGCAUCCAUCCUGACAGCCUGCGGGUGAUACCCAGUAACAUCAGCUGUGAAUCCUACAAAGCUAUAGUCACUGGUCUAAUGCAAAGCCUGAAAUUCCUGCCACUGGACAUUUCAAAGAGCGUGAGAUCUAGCUUGGCAUCACUACAGAAGACCUUCCCAGCUUGUGCAGAAUUUGAUUCUUUCAAGUGCAAAGAGACACAUGUUGAUGAAAUGCUCAUCUGCUCUGGGGUAGACAGCUCCAAUCUCCAGACAACACUGGAAGAUGACAAUUCCACUUCAGCCGUGUGCAAUUUUACUGUCGUUGAACAUGCCUGUGCCACGCCAACAAAACUCACAGCAGCCAACCUGGCCACACUCUUGAAAUGCUCUGUGGAAAGUAACGCACCAUAUGUGGUGGAAGUUUGGCAGCUUCUUUUCCAAAAAGCAUCUUCCGUGCUCCAACAGGCUCUCCGACUGUUCGCCACCAUGGCCCCCACCACCAUGAACUCUGCCUAUUCAAAUUCUCUUGAUGCUCUGGGAGAAGUGGUAGUUAAAACCCUCACUCAGGAUCAACUGAAGAGUGAGGAUGCCAUUAGAAGUCGGUUCCAGACAGAGCUCCGUCCGUUCCUGGCCUCUCCGUCAACAAAUUUCCUCUCCUGCCUUGGCUCAUACAACUUCAGCUGCCAGACAUACCAGAUUGUCAUCGAAGCAUUCAGCAACCAAAGCCCACUGAUGGACAACAAGAGAAAGCAAACAGUCUUCACUCAUUUCAUCCAACCGUUCCUUUCCAGAAAAGAUUUGCCAGACCCUGGCUGUGUGUCAUCUGCCAAUGGUAGUCAGCUCUGGCUACAAGCCAACCUUGGAAAUUUCUCUGAAUUUGCAAGCAUAGAGGAUUUGCAAGCCCUCAAUCCAAACUUCUCCAGUGCCCAAGCCUUGUCAGAACUAUCUCCCUCUCAGGUAGCACAGUUACUGCUGAGCUCAGACAUCUCAAAUGACACCAAAUUGAUUGAUCGAGUCUUUGACCGACUGGAGGAUGGAAACGCCGUUGACAACGUGGAUCAAUUCUUUACAAAGCUCACAGAGCAGGAGAAGGUCCCUGAGUUCCAAGUUGACGUGAGGGAUCGCAUUAUGAACAGGACCUACAUCAUCAUCAGUCCAUCUUUCCCAAAGUUCACUGAAAAGGACUUUUUUGCUUGGUUCCACAUCAAACUGGUCCCUGUCCUUCCAAGUUUCACUCCACAAAUGCUCCAAGGUGUAACUACCAGCGUGAACUGCACAAACUAUCAUGUCAUUGUGAGUGGGGUGGGCAAGGUUGUCUCUGCCAUACCUCAGCAAAGACUACAAGCCAUUGCAGAUGUUUUACUCAAAUACCUGAAAAAAUCUGCUGCUGUCAUCAACCUACCAGUUUGCAGGCAAGGAAUCGACAAUGAUGCCCAAUGGGUUGAAACAAACCUGGGUCCAUUUUCUCAAUACACAACGUAUUCUGAGCUCAAAUUCUUCAACCUCUCUCAGGGAGCACUUUUGACCGUUCUUUCACCAACCCAAAAAGCUGAGCUUCUAACGGAUCCAGACAGCGGUGCCUUGGAGGACGCCACCCUUGUGAAGGAGGUGCUCACAAACUUGACAGAGUCCGGGAAUACAGAGCAGCUCGCUCAGUUUUUCCAAGAGUUCACAACAACUCUCCAGCAGACAAACACAACCUUCAUCCAAAAUGUGGCUGUACGAGAGACCAUCUUAAACCUGACUUUGAACAGCCUUGCUCCUAAACUUGCCUCCUUUGAAGCAGAAGACUACGAGCUCUGGUUCCAAGUCUAUCUGUCUCCUGUGAUAGCAAGCAUCCAUCCUGACAGCCUGCGGGUGAUACCCAGUAACAUCAGCUGUGAAUCCUACAAAGCUAUAGUCACUGGUCUAAUGCAAAGCCUGAAAUUCCUGCCACUGGACAUUUCAAAGAGCGUGAGAUCUAGCUUGGCAUCACUACAGAAGACCUUCCCAGCUUGUGCAGAAUUUGAUUCUUUCAAGUGCAAAGAGACACAUGUUGAUGAAAUGCUAAUCUGCUCUGGGGUAGACAGCUCCAAACUCCAGACAACACUGGAAGAUGACAAUUCCACUUCAGCCGUGUGCAAUUUUACUGUCGUUGAACAUGCCUGUGCCACGCCAACAAAACUCACAGCAGCCAACCUGGCCACACUCUUGAAAUGCUCUGUGGAAAGUAACGCACCAUAUGUGGUGGAAGUUUGGCAGCUUCUUUUCCAAAAAGCAUCUUCCGUGCUCCAACAGGCUCUCCGACUGUUCGCCACCAUGGCCCCCACCACCAUGAACUCUGCCUAUUCAAAUUCUCUUGAUGCUCUGGGAGAAGUGGUAGUUAAAACCCUCACUCAGGAUCAACUGAAGAGUGAGGAUGCCAUUAGAAGUCGGUUCCAGACAGAGCUCCGUCCGUUCCUGGCCUCUCCGUCAACAAAUUUCCUCUCCUGCCUUGGCUCAUACAACUUCAGCUGCCAGACAUACCAGAUUGUCAUCGAAGCAUUCAGCAACCAAAGCCCACUGAUGGACAACAAGAGAAAGCAAACAGUCUUCACUCAUCUCAUCCAACCGUUCCUUUCCAGAAAAGAUUUGCCAGACCCUGGCUGUGUGUCAUCUGCCAAUGGUAGUCAGCUCUGGCUACAAGCCAACCUUGGAAAUUUCUCUGAAUUUGCAAGCAUAGAGGAUUUGCAAGCCCUCAAUCCAAACUUCUCCAGUGCCCAAGCCUUGUCAGAACUGUCUCCCUCUCAGGUAGCACAGUUACUGCUGAGCUCAGACAUCUCAAAUGACACCAAAUUGAUUGAUCGAGUCUUUGACCGACUGGAGGAUGGAAACGCCGUUGACAACGUGGAUCAAUUCUUUACAAAGCUCACAGAGCAGGAGAAGGUCCCCGAGUUCCAAGUUGACGUGAGGGAUCGCAUUAUGAACAGGACCUACAUCAUCAUCAGUCCAUCUUUCCCAAAGUUCACUGAAAAGGACUUUUUUGCUUGGUUCCACAUCAAACUGGUCCCUGUCCUUCCAAGUUUCACUCCACAAAUGCUCCAAGGUGUAACUACCGGCGUGAACUGCACAAACUAUCAUGUCAUUGUGAGUGGGGUGGGCAAGGUUGUCUCUGCCAUACCUCAGCAAAGACUACAAGCCAUUGCAGAUGUUUUACUCAAAUACCUGAAAGACUCUGCUGCUGUCAUCAACCUACCAGUUUGCAGGCAAGGAAUCGACAAUGAUGCCCAAUGGGUUGAAACAAACCUGGGUCCAUUUUCUCAAUACACAACGUAUUCUGAGCUCAACUUCUUCAACCUCUCUCAGACAACUAUACUGAAUUCAGUUUCUUCUGGACAAAAAGCUGAGUUUCUCCUUGAACCGAGCAAUCUUUCCAAUGCCACCCUGGUCAUAGCUGUAUUCAAACGUUUCACUGCAUCAGCUUCUCUGGAAGACCUGCAGUCUUUCUUUAAUGUCUUUGUUGAUGGCCUUUCAAAGCCUAACGUGACUGUUGUCACCCCCAGCGUGCGUGAAAAUGUGUUAAAUUUAACAAUAACAGCACUCGUGCCAAAAUUCCACCUUCUAAACUCUGAGGGCUUCAGGUUAUGGUUCCAGGUUUACCUUCCAUUGUUCCUCCCAAGUGCCAACUCAACAACAUUUGAAGUCCUUCCAAGAAACAUCUCCUGCAGCUCCUAUCAACAAAUUAUGAAAGGAUUCAACAACGUAUUCAGCCAACUGUCUGAGGCACAGAACCAGGGGUUUCUAAAGUUCGCAUUGAGCUAUCUCAAGGGCCAGUUGUCCUCCGGAUUCUCUUGUGUCGACUCUGGGACUGACACUACUGACAGAGACUGGCUUCAGGAAUAUUUUGGUCGGUUCCGUUUUCAAGCCUCUUUUGAGGAUUUUCUGUCCUUAAAGAAAGAUUUUAAAGGAGCUGAGGUGGCGGAUCUUCUCACUUUCAGUCAGCUGAAGGAGCUUGCAGCAAUCCCCUCACAGCUAAAUGGAACGCAAGAUGUCACAAAAGUCACGACGGUCAUCGACCCAGCAGACUUUGCUGCUUUCUUUGAUUCACUCUCACAAGCAGUUGUGGCCCAGCCGGAGAACUACACACAGGAGGUGAAAUCUGCCUUCCUCCACGUGAUCUUUGACAGAGGGGAUCUUGCAGCUGUCGGUGAUGAUGACUUCCUGCAGUGGCUGAUGCGACUGAAGCCUUUACUCGUUGACCUCUCUCCAAAUCUGGUGAACCGCUUUGUCAGCCUCGCGGCAAACAGGAGCUGUGUCAUCAGCCAGGAGAUGUUAAACGUUCUGGACACACUACAGACAACGCUCAGCAACAUCACUAAAACAGAGAUCUACAAAAACAUCCUCCUUAUCCUCCAAGAUCAAACGCCGCUGAAGUGCUACAGCGGUGGAAGCUUCUACCUCUUCCUGAAGAACACCUUCCUCAGCUUCGGCUUUCCAGAUGUGUCGACGCUCAUUUCUCUCCUGCCACCGACACGCAAGUCAGAGCUCCUAAACACCAUCAGCACCUCAGAACUGGGUCAACUCCUCAGUCAACCGGGGGUAAUUAAUAACAGUCCAGAUGUCUGCAUCAUCUUCAGCCACUACAACAACACCGCCACCUUCCUACAGUCGGAGGACGUCCCAGAUGAUGUGAGGAGGACCAUCCUCCCCUGUGUGUGGCCCUUGGCUCUGAGCAGCAGCAGCAGAUCUGAGGUUGAUCUGUGGUUUAACUUACGCCUGAAGGACUACCUGAGGUUCCUCACCAAGGAGCUCAUUAGUUCUACUCAGGUCCAGAACGCCUCAUGUCUCGCCUUCCAGAAGCUGGUGUCUUUCAUGGGAAAUAACUUCACCUACAACAGCUCUGAGUUUGGUCGGGAAGACGUGUACACCAGCAUCAGGAGCUACCUGAGCGCUGGUUCUGGAGUCAGAUGCUACGUUCCAAGAGAUCCAGAACUGAACUCUACCUCCUGGUUUGUCAACUACAUCGGCAGCUUUAUCACAUUUAUCACUCUGGACGAUCUCACCAGCUUUGUCAACACCACUCAGAUCAAGGUGUUCUUGGAGGAUAAAGCUAAUCUGGAGCUCUUUAAUAACACAGCCAUCCCACAGGACGUAACAAACUACUAUAUCAUCCAGCUUUUUGAGUUGAACCCAUCCUUUGGACUCCUGAUGCUUCCAGGCUCUCUGUUGUGCUCCUCGGACAUCCCAAGCUCUGUAUUUUCUUCUCUUAAUGAAGAUGAUACGAUGGCCAUCUUGGACAAGCUGAAGACUUUCUGCAAUGGAACAAGAGAUCCUGAGAUUUCUGCAGCCCUGGCAUCCAACAUCAAGACCGUCACAGCGCAAACGUUCCAGGAUCUGGGAAGUGCCUCUUCAGGCCUGACAAACAGCCAGAUCCUCUCAGCGCCUCCUGGAGCGCUGCUUUCCUCUUUGUCCACUCUGGGCUCAGUGACCACCUGGGGACAGGACCAGGCCAACACCAUCAUACGCUCCAUCACCUCUUCAGGUUUUCAGAUCACCAGCUCUGCCUCCCUGGAGUCCCUGGGUACUCUUGUAGUUGGAGUUCCUUCAGCGUUAAUGGACAAGAUCUCAGCUGCUGAAUUACUCACCGCCUCCAAGAACCCACUGCUGGUCUCCAACAUGCUGGCGGCCCCAAAAGUCGUCCAGGAGACUUUUAUCAGAAAGAUCAUUUCUGUGGACACCAGUCCAGCCAAAGUGGUGCAGAACGUCCCUGACGCCUUAGCAGCUGAGAUCCCACCCUCCCUGCUGGUCUUUGCUGAGGGGACCGCAGACAUCAGUGUGAUCAACAACAAGAAGUGGACAUCAGACCAGGCCAGCUUGUUUUUUGCAAAUGUAGCUGAGACAAAUUUCGACUCUGAGCAGCUUUCUUCAUCUGUGCUGCAAGGCUUCACAUGCGGUGCGGUUAGGAAAACAGGAAAACCCCGAUUCAAACAGUUGAUCCGUGCAUGUAGGCCAAGGAAAGGCAGGGCUAAGGUGGAGCUGAAGGAACCACAGCUGACCUGCAUGUACAACCUGCUCCGUGACGACCUCUCUCUGAACUUCACAGAUUAUCCUUCAGACAUGCUUCUCUACUUGAACAUUCAGGAUGUCCAGAAAGGAAACUGCGGGUCCUACUUUUCUGCACUGGGUGCUGCAGACUUCACUGUAGCCUCUGGUAUCUUGAACAAGGGCCCAAAGAAGUUCAGUGAAGCCAAGAACUGCUUGGGGAUCAGUGGCCCCCGCCUCAGCAGAGACAACGUGGAGGUCCUGGGGAACAUGGCCUGCAGCCUGGAAAGAUCCGACAUCGAGAACUCAGAUCCUCUCAUCCUGGAAAACCUCAAGGCCUGCAAAGAUCUCUCUGACGGCCAAGUGGCUGCUGUGGAAACACUGCUGCUAUCUGGGAAGACAAAAUACGGAGAUGUAACAAGCUGGAACCAACAGACACUGGAGAGCCUUGGGACUCUUCCUUUGUACUUAACAGGAUCGAUCUGGAGCCAGUUCAAGGCACCUACAAAGAAAAGGUUCCUUAAGAGGUUCAUGCCCAACUUAAGGAAAGAAAAAACACAGAAGAAGAAGCUCAAGAAGCUGUUUAAAGAGAUCAACCCUCGAUUAACAAAGCGAGGAGCAGGAUGCACCGAGGGCAACAUCACCCAGGUGACCGUUAGCGACCCGUCUUUCCCCUUUGGCUACGAUCUGCUGCAGUUUGACCUCUGCCUGGACGUCCCCGUUCUAAAAGACAACCUCAACUCCAUCUGCCAGAAAGUGGAUGAUGACGGCUACCAAAAAGUCAUUCUAAACAAACUCAACCAGUCCUUCCCCACUGGAGUUCCUGACCAGGAAGUACAGAUGCUUGCCUCCGUAUCUCGCGCAGCAACACUUGAUGACAUCUCUAGAUGGAACAUCACUAGCCUGGACACCUUGGCAGCUCUCAUGGACCCUGAAAAUGGACCCUGGGAAAAGCCAAAGAGCAAAGAAAUCAUCACCAAGUACCUGAACACCUCUGGAAAUUCCCUGGGCAGCAGGGAGCUGAACUUUAUUGACUCCAACCUUUGCUCAUUGGACACCAGCAUGUUGCAGAACAUCACAUCAGACAGUAUUGGAAACGCCAAGCUUCUUAAUGUGGCAUCGUGUUCAGCUGAGCAGAAGAGAGUCCUCUAUGAGAUCAGCAACAGCUCCUUCAGCAUCCAUCGGGAUAAUCCUGUUAUCUUUUACAACCUGGUUAAAGGCUAUCUCGGCGGAGCGCCUCGAGCAGACAUUGUCACGUUAUCAACACAGAACAUCAACAUGGAUGUCAACACUUUAACGAGUCUGGAUAAAGAUGUGAUAUCUGGUUUGACGGUGACAGACGUCCGAGGUCUCAUGGGGGAAAAUCUACCAGAUCUGAAGCUGUUUGAGAAUGACACUGUGGUUCAGACCUGGGUGACCCAGCAGCUACAGUCUGACCUGGAUACGCUGAAUCUGGGCCUGUUAGGUGGCAGAGCAGACCCGAUCACGCCAGCACCUAGCUCAAACACAACCGCCACCAACAUGACAGGCCAGAAUACUACAGGCGGCACUAAUAUUACAAAUGGCACCGUGACACAGGGAAACGGAGACAGUUCAAAUACGCCCCCAUCAAGCACACCACCACCUUCACAAUCUGCGACCACAAGUGGUUUCCUGGAGUCUGCAAAAUCACCAGCCUCUGUUCUCCUGGUAGCUCUGCUCUCGGCUGUUCUACAAGUACUACUACAACCAGCCUAAACAGCCCCUCUGCAGCAACUAUCCUGGGGGUUUAACCAAGAAGUUCACAUAGUUGAGUUAUUAUUACUAGCUGUUUUAUUUAUUCACAUGUAGAAAACAUGCUUAAUUUUAAUUCAUUUUCAACUCUUUACUAUCCUUCUAUCUUAGCAUCAUGUUACUGAUUUGUCUCUAAAAAAAUCAAUGAAAUCUUUAAACGUUUAAAUAAAAAUUUGUGGAAAUUAAAUUAAAUAAUAAUUAAAUAAAGUGCAUAAACAAUGAUAAAUCAUGAUAUACAUGAAUUAGUUAUCUUUUAAUAAAAUAUAAUUAUUUUCUCUCUGUACUUUGAAUAUGUACACAAUAUAUAAAUAAAUAAAUGCUUAU